UCGAUACAGUUCAAGUGAAUGCAACUCCUCAUUUCAAAACUUGAACCGGAAGAAGUUAAUGGGGACCGGUGGGUACAGGAUAUGUCGUCAUAAAAAAAAUCACUCCCUGUGCUUCUGAAUUGUACGUUUGUAACACAACGAGAUUUUUGUCGGUGACAUGCACUGGAUAUCUGCUUGAUUUCACUUCUAUUCUACGAACAAAGUGUUCUUUCAGAUCAUCAUAACAACGUACGGCGUUUCUGGGUAAGCCGGUCUGCACCAUGGCUUCUCGCGCUGGCCCAAGAGCCGCGGGCACUGACGGAAGUGACUUUGCCCAUCGAGAGAAGGUGGCUUCCCACUACCAGAUGAGCGUGGCGCUGAAGUCCGAGGUGCGCAAGCUGAACAUCGUGCACGUGGUGAUCUGGCUCCUGGUGGCGGCGCAGGUGGCAGUGAGCCAGCUGGGCCUGGUGUCGCACGACACGGUGGCCGCGCCGUACCAGUGGGAGUACCCCUACCUGCUGAGCAUCGUGCCCUCGCUCUUCAGCUUCCUGGCCCUGCCGCGCAACAACAUCAGCUACCUGGUGCUGGGCAUGAUCAGCGGCGGGCUGUUCUGCAUCGCGCCGCUGAUCUACGGCGGCAUGGAGAUGUUCCCCGUGGCGCAGCAGCUCUACCGCCACGGCAAGGCCUACCGCUUCAUCUUCGGCUUCUCCGCCGUCUCCGUCAUGUACCUGCUGAUGAUCAUCGCCGUGCAGGUGCACGCCUGGCAGAUCUACUACAGCAAGAAGCUGCUGGACGCCUGGUUCACCUCCACGCAGGAGAAGAAGAAGAAAUGAACCCCCCUCCCCCUUCCCCCUCCCGGAGGACUGACGGAAUGCACUCAACCUCACCCAUCCAGCUCUCUUGCUCUCUCUCGCUCUCUCUCACUCUCCCUCUCUCUCUCCCCCCCAAAA